AGGAGAAAGGGGCGGGGCCCGCGGGAGUAUUUAAAGGGCCAGGCGCGAGGCCUUUUUACCUCAGACGGCGGCCUCUCCGGGAGGGUCGGAAGGAUACUGAAGGAGUGAGCCGCCGCCGGGGACCGUUGUCGGGAAAGCGGGCGGAAGAAGAAGAAGAAGAGCUCGCCCGGGAGGCUUCGCGGCACUACUUCGCCUCCGCUGUUGCCAUGGCUGACCAGCUGACGGAGGAACAGAUUGCAGAGUUCAAGGAGGCCUUCUCUCUCUUCGACAAGGAUGGCGACGGCACCAUCACCACCAAGGAGCUGGGCACCGUGAUGCGCUCUCUGGGCCAGAACCCCACAGAAGCCGAAUUGCAAGACAUGAUCAACGAGGUGGACGCCGACGGAAAUGGCACCAUCGACUUCCCCGAAUUCCUCACCAUGAUGGCACGGAAGAUGAAGGAUACCGACAGCGAGGAAGAAAUCCGCGAGGCCUUUCGUGUAUUCGACAAGGAUGGCAACGGGUACAUUAGUGCUGCAGAGCUCCGCCACGUCAUGACUAAUCUGGGCGAGAAGCUAACAGACGAGGAGGUUGAUGAGAUGAUCAGAGAAGCCGACAUCGAUGGGGACGGACAAGUCAAUUACGAAGAGUUUGUACAGAUGAUGACUGCCAAAUGAGACCCAAAGACCCCUCCUCCCCUUCCCUCCCCUUGUACAGAACGGAAGGAUGGUCUGCUUCCCGCCGAGACCUUCCUCCGGCCCCGUCGACAACGUAGGACACGUUCCAUUCUGGCGCUUUCGCAGCUUGUGGCCAUUUCUCCGCUCUUCUCUCGCCCGCCUUCCCUUCGCCUUGGUUUACACGGAUGACGCCAGGAUGGUAAGAAGCUGGUUUUAAAAGGGGGAAGGCCUCGUAUCCGUCUCCCCUGGGGAGGGGGCAGGACCGGGAAAAGCGUCCCCCCUUUCUUUUGCCCCAUCUCGGCUCUGCGUCUCCAAAGAUUGCCUCCCCUUUGCGCCCGUGGACCCUUUUACGUGGCUGCCGCCCCCCUGCCGCCGUCUUCCUGGGAAUAUCUGCAUAUCUUGGGUCUGUUGUUCACGAUUAACCCCCCAAUACUUGCCAUACCCCACCCUCCUUUGAGCUUCAGGGAAUGCUUCUAUUCCAUUCCAGGUGGUGUAAGGUUUGAUUCUCUUCUUUUUAAGUAAAGUGUGUGUGUUUCAAAAUGUCACGGAAUGGGGCUUUCUCCCCCGGUCGCUGGUAUUUUUAAGAAAAAUAUCUAUCCAUACACAUAAUAAAAGUAUCCAUACACAUAAUAAAAGGAGCCCUGGUGGCGAAGUGUGUUAAAGCGCUGAGCUGCUGAACUUGCAGACCGAAAGGUCCUAUCAAAUCCCGGGAGCGUAGUGAGCUCCUGCUGUUGCUCCAGCUUCUGCCAACCUAGCAGUUCGAAAACAUGCCAAUGUGAGUAGAUCAAUAGGUACUGCUUCGGCGGGAAGGUAACAUUGGCACUCCAUGCAGUCAUGCCAGUGGCCACGUGACCUUGGAGGUGUCUACGGACAACGCCAGCUCUUCGGCUUAGAAAUGGAGAUGAGCACCAACCCCCAGAGUGUGAGUACAUCAAUAGGUACCGCUCCGGCAGGAAGGUAACGGCGCUCCCUGCAGUCAUGCCAGUGGCCACAUGACCUUGGAGGUGUCUACGGACAAUGCCGGCUCUUCAGCUUAGAAAUUGAGAUGAGCACCAACCCCCAGAGUCGGACAUGAUUGGACUUAAUGUCACAGGAAACCUUUACCUUAUAAUAAAAGUGAAAAUAGGGUUGUUGUAUGUCUUUCGGGCUGUGUGGCCAUGUUCCAGAAGUACACUCUCCUGACGUUUCGCCCACAUCUAUGGCAGGCAUCUUCAGAGGUUGUGAGGUAUGGAAAAACUCACAACCAUACCUCACAACCUCUGAGGAUGCCUGCCGUAGAUGUGGGCGAAAUGUCAGGAGAGAGUACAGUAGUCUCACUUAUCCAACGUUCUGGAUUAUCCAACACAUUUUUGUAGUCAAUGUUUUCAAUAUAUCGUGAUAUUUUGGUGCUAAAUUCAUAAAUACAGUAAUUACAACAUAACAUUACUGCGUAUUGAACUACUUUUUUGCCAAAUUUGUUGUCUAACAUGAUGUUUUGAUGCUUCAUUUGUAAAAUCAUAACCUAAUUUGAAGUUUAAUAGGCUUUCCCUUAAUCUCUCAUUAUCCAACAUAUUCGCUUAUCCAACAUUCUGCUUGCCCGUUUAUGUUGGAUAAGUGAGAUUCUACUGUACUUCUGGAACAUGGCCACACAGCCCGAAAGACAUACAACAACCCUGUGAAAUGAAGGCCAUGAAAGCCUUCGACAACAAAAAGUGAAAAUGUGUAUGUGGCGGAGGUGUCCACUUAAUACAGUAGAGUCUCACUUAUCCAACAUAAACGGGCCAGCAGAAUGUUGGCUAAGCGUAAGUGUUGGAUACUAAGGAGGGAUUAAGAAAAAGCCUAUUAAAUGUCAAAUUACGUAAUGAUUUUACAAAUCGACAGAAAAAGCAGUCUAAAACAUGGUAACAUUAUGUAGUAAUUACUGUAUUUAAGAAAUUAGCACCAAAACAUUGCAAUGUAUUGAAAACAUUGACUACAAAAAUAUUGGCUACGAAUAAGGAUAGAACUGUAUAAAAUGAACUUAUAGUAGCAACAUUGCCGGAAAUUAAAUCCCUAAAAAGUUCAAGCCUUGCUGCCUAGAGAAACAGCUGUGGAUUGGGACAGGAGUCAAACUGAGCUGGAUAAUCCAGAACAUUGGAUAAGUGGAUGUUGGAUAAGUGAGACUAUUGUAAUUAUUAUUAUUGUAUGACACAGCAAACAAGAUAGAUAUGCUGGAUUUCAUAUCACAAAAUCACAAGUCGAACACUUCCCAAGUGUCUAGGACUGUGUGAUGUAUUUUCGGAUGAUGCACACAGAUCCCAGUCGGGUGGCCUUUUGCAGUUACUAUUAUUAUUAUUAUUAUUAUUAUUAUUAUUAUUAUUAUUAUUAUGACACAGCAAACAAGGCAGAUAUGCUGCAUUUUGUUUCACAAAAUCACAAGUCGAAUACUUCCCAAGUGUCUAGGACUGUGUGAUGUAUUUUCGGAUGAUGUGCGCAGAUCCCAGUAGGGUGGCCUUUUACAGUUAUUAUUAUUUAUAUUCCGCCCUAUCUCCCCAAGGGGACUCAGGGUGGAUCACAGUACACAUACACAGCAAACAAUGCCUUUUUCCAAUCAGCCAGACACCUCCAGGUCUCCAAGCUAAGUUUCUUAUUAAAAUCCAGAGAGUUUUGAGAGCCUACUUUGCAUUGGAAGAGAAAACAUUCCGCAUUGGGAACUAUUAAGGCCCCAUUUAGUCUUAAGUAAGAAAUUAUUAGGACAAUACAUUCUCGGGUUAGCAAAGAAAGGCAAGCGCAGUGCUUCAGAGGUGAUUUUUAUUUCAAAAUAAAAAAUACACAAUGGUUUGGUUGCAUGGAGAAGGAUGGCUGUUCUUGGCUGUUUUGUGCUGCUUAGAGAAACAGUUUAAAAAGAGGACACGCCAGCCACUGGCUCCUUCCCUUUGUAGAAUCGGAAGAGACCUCAAGGGCCACCCAGUCUCUCCGGCACAGAGAGUAAAAGGGAUGCGGCAGUCAAGACACACAUGGAUAUAGUAUAUAUAAACACGCGCACACACAUAUACUCCGUUGCCCAAGGAAAGGGGAGCCCUUUUGCUCCCCAAAUGAAACAGCUGCCAAGUACAAAGUCUGAAGGAAGGGGAGCGGCUGGAAAAAGAAACUCCUUGGGUCACAUAUUUCUGCUACAUUCUGUUUUGAGAAGGGACUUUGCUGCCAUAUUCUCCAUUUUUCGAGUGGGAUUUGAGGUGUUAAAAUAACAUUUCCCAGACAAAUACCUGGCUUUUAACCCCAGUGGCGCAAUGGGUGCCGACCUGAGGGUUGGCGGUUCAAAUCCGCAAGACAGGGUGAGCUCCCAUCUGUCAGCUCUAGCUUGCGGGGACAUGAGAGAAGCCUUCCAGCAGGAUGGUAACACAUCGGGGCAACGUCCUUGUAGACGGCUCAUUCUCACACACCAGUGAUAAAAAGUUAAAUUAUCCAGUUUGGAGAUUGAUUUUUUUUUUCCUUCCCGCCGUCCCGAAUGAACAGUGCGGAUUUACAGUAGAGUCUCACUUAUCCAAGCCUCUGGAUAAUCCAAGCCAUUUUUGUAGUCAAUGUUUUCAAUAUAUCGUGAUAUUUUGGUGCUAAAUUCGUAAAUACAGUAAUUACAACAUAACAUUACUGUGUAUUGAACUACUUUUUCUGUCAAAUUUGUUGUAUAACAUGAUGUUUUGGUGCUUAAUUUGUAAAAUCAUAAUGUAAUUUGAUGUUUAAUAGGCUUUUCCUUAAUCCCUCCUUAUUAUCCAAGAUAUUCGCUUAUCCGUUUAGCUUGGAUAAGUGAGACUCUACUGUACUUGGAACAGUUCAAAACAGGUCCAUACAAUUGGUACAUUGGAAACAUAAAAGGAUUGGAGUGGAUAAUGGCCAGCAAUGCGUGAAAAUCAAUUUGUUGGAUUUCCACGUCUCUAGAGGUGUUGUUUACAUUUCCAGGGGAUUUGCCUCCCCCAUUGCACACCCCGUUAAAAGUGACAAAACAAACCCUUUUCCCUUUUAUUCCAAUCCCGCCUUCAACAGAGAAGUUUUAGCUCGGUCGCUAAAACCACUGGACGAAAAAAAAAUAAAGUUAAGAAUGCAUCAGUCUUUGGACUUUUCGUAAAUGUACAGAACCGAUAUUAAAAAAAUUGCGGUUGAAAAAUAAAAACAAGGUUGCAGGUUUGGUUACAUAGCAAUAGAUGUUGCGGGUCUUCACAAUCCCAAUGUUGGAAAGGGUCGACUACAAGCAAAAACAAGUUUUUCUCAUUAUCCCAACCAGAAUCCUGAGCAAAAAUUGUGAAGUUUCAAAGUUGUUCUUUUUUUGUGUGUUUGAAUCUUUGUUCAGAUGCCAUAUGAAAAAAAGGUUGUUAUAUGCCUUCAAGUUUCUGGCAAUCCUAUAUAACUUGGCAAAAUGUGUUCAGAGAGGCUUCCUCUGAGGCCAAGAGAGUGUGACUUCCUCAAGAGAUUUGAACCCGGGUCUCCAGCGGCUCUAAUCCAACUCUUGACACCACUCUUUAAAUCCUCUGUAUUUUAUCACAUUGAGAGGAUUUCAAAGUCAAGCAAUUUCACCAUCUAUAGCCCCAUAUAUGCCUUCAAUAUAUAUAUAUAUACACAUAUAUUUUUUUAAAAAAACAUUUUUUUCUCUCAAAAAUAUAUUCUCUCCCUCCCCAUGGACAUUCCCAUUCCCUUUUAUUUUAAUAGAUUAGAUUAAAAGUCAUAUCAGGAAAUAAGAACUGUUCCUAUAUAUCAGUGGUUCCCAACCUUUUU